AUAAUCCCAUCUUUUGCAACUUAAGAAAGAAAACUAAAAACUUCAAACUCUCCCUCUUUAAAUCAAUAUAAGCCUCCUAAGGAGUUUCUCAGAAACAGUGAGGAAAACACAGUUUUUCCCAAGAAAAUUUCCUCAUCUACCAAACAAAUUAAACCUAUUUUCAGAAAACAAAGCAAAUUUCUACAAGAACUUCUUCAAGGAAAAAGAAGAUUCAGAUCUGAGAGGAAAAUAUUAAGGAAAAACAAUGUGUCUGGUGUGUUUAUGUGAUGAGGAAGAGACAGAGCUAGGGAGGCAACAAGCACCAGGAUCGUGUCCGUAUUGUGGAGGUAAAGUGCAAAUGCUUGAUGUCGAAAGAAAAUGGAUGUUCUGUUUCGUUCCUCUUUGUUUCAAGAUCAAGAGGAAGUACUUGUGUUCUUCUUGCGAUCGUCGUCUCGUUUUGUAUCAUUAAAAAAAUCAAUUAAUUAAUUUUAUUUAUUAAAUUUUCCUUUCUUUAUAAGUUAUAACUAAAGUAAAUUAAUUAGCGUUUUAAUUAAGAAAAAUAAAGUUUAGUCGGUGGUUCUCGCCUCUUGGUAUGGUUAGUAGAUCUAUGUCGUGUAAACCGACAUUGAUCCCUUUAGGAAGUUGUAGAACUCUCUCUACUCUUCAUCCAAAUUUGACGUACUUUGCUUUUGUCUUCGAGUAGUUUCUUAAGUCGGUUCAAAUGUAAUAUAUAUAUCUAAUGGAUGUUUAUGUAAUGUGUGUUUUUAUAUGUAAUGAUGAAAUCUCAAGUUUGGUGUA